AUGGCUGUUAUGUUUCCCAUUGUCUGCAUGUUAAUGGAACUGCUAUGUAUUCAAGCAAUGGGCCUUAAUGUUAAAACCAAGUUUGGAAUGGUCAAGGGUAUCACCACAGGAAAGGCUAAUAUCUGGUAUGGUAUACCAUAUGCUGCUCCCCCUGUGGGUGAACUAAGAUGGACUGAUCCACAACCUCCCAACCCCUGGAACAGUGUGUUGAACUGUUCCACGCCAGGGGUGGGCUGCCCUCAGACCUGUAUGUUGGGAGGAGACUUCUGCCCAACUAAGACAUCAGAAGACUGCCUCCAACUAAAUGUGUUUGCCCCACUAAAACAGAGCCAUCUAUUACCAGUGAUGGUGUUUAUUCAUGGUGGGGCAUUUUUCUGUGGCAUGGGACCAUGCAAGGCAUUUAAUGGUGAAACAAUGGUGAACUCAACUGGUGUUAUACUGGUUACCAUUAACUACAGACUAGGGGCACUAGGAUUUAUGGUGUAUGGUUCUGGGCUCGGAGCAGCUUCAGGCAACUAUGGCCUAAAGGACCAGAUCCUUGCCCUAGAAUGGGUUCAACACAAUAUAGCAAACUUUGGAGGAGAUAGAUACCAGGUGACACUAUUUGGCCAGAGUGCAGGAGCCCAGUCAGUGGGUCUACAUCUGAUGAUACCACAGAGUGGAUCUCUCUUCCAAAAAGCGGCCAUUUUGAGUAAUCCUCUUGGUAUCCCAAUACAGUCAACUGAAAGUGCCAAGACAAUUGCAAAUGCUCCUGUUUUCAUCCUGAAAUGUGAAAACCCAGAAGCACCUGAUAAAGUCAUGCCUUGCCUCAGGAGUAAAACUGCCAAAGAAAUUGUUGAUGCGCAAAUUACAUUUGGGGAUACUAUUGCAUUUAGGAGUGCAUCAUAUGUGAGAAAAUCGCCAAACUAUUUCCAGUGGGAAGAGUUAUGGACUCCUGUUAUUGACAAUGAUUUGAUUCUAGAACAGCCAUUGGUAGCCUUCAGAGAAGGGCGGUUUGAUACGACUAAAUCAUUGAUAAUUGGGAAUGUAAAAGAUGAAGGAAAUCUUUUUGUUUAUUACGCAAUCACUGAUAAAAUCAAUGUCUUGGAAUACGAGGCUGCCAUGAAACUAGCAUUUCCGAGACACUUUCUUAAUGUGAAUGAAAAGUACCCCCCAAGUGUAAUUAAUGAUGAUAAUAGAGAGCAAGUGUCACAAAUCAUCACGGAUUAUAACUUUAUUUGCCCGACUAGAAAUGCCACACGCUCGAUUGUUUCAAUCCAAUCAAAUAUCUAUAUGUAUUUGUUUGACCAUGGGGAAACUGUAAACCCAUCAGAUGGAUGUGAGCACAAGUCUUGUCAUGGUGAUGAACUUGAAUAUACAUUUAAGUCUGUAACCUUCAACUCUUAUGAGGAAAACGCAUUAUCCUCCACCAUGUUAACAUAUUGGACAAACUUCGCAAAAACUGGAGACCCUAACACGGGAUACAAUGAGGACUUGAAAAAUUUGAAUUUAUCCAAAUGGUCAAAAUAUAACCAGGAAAAUAAUUGGCCAUUUAUGCAUUUUAAAACUCCAGAGAGUUCACUAGAAACUGAUUAUGAUUCUGUAAAAUGUAAUUUCUGGGACAAUGUAGGUUAUCCACUGAACAUAAGUGACUGGCCUAUUUAA